GUGAAUGCCAGGAGGGUGCCCGGCGCGCGCAACCAGCUCCUAAGCAAGCAAACAGCGGAGAGAAAUGGGCUAUCUCCAGUCUGCUCCCAGGACAGCGGCAUGGGUGCUGGUGCUUUGGCUUGGAGUGGAAGAAGGAUUCCUUUACUGACAGAGAAAGAGCAGAAGGGACUGGCAGCCUCUGAGCACACACCAAACUGUUCUAGAUGUGAAUCAAUCCCAUGAUGCAACAUGUCUCCCCAGCACCAGCUCUGACAAUGAUGGCCACACAGAGUGUGCCCCCUCCCCCUUACCAAGACAGCCAGCAGAUGACUGCUACAGCACAACAGCCGGCGAAGGCACAGCCAGUGCACAUCACAACACCCUCGGCAGCGGCCAACACCCCCGUCCCCAGCACUCCUAUUGACCCUCAGGCACAGCUGGAGGCUGACAAGCGAGCUGUCUACAGGCAUCCUCUGUUCCCGCUCCUGACGCUGCUCUUCGAGAAGUGUGAGCAGGCGACACAGGGCUCCGAGUGCAUCACCUCUGCCAGCUUUGACGUGGACAUUGAGAACUUUGUACACCAGCAGGAGCAGGAGCACAAACCAUUCUUCAGUGAUGACCCUGAACUGGACAACCUGAUGGUGAAAGCAAUUCAGGUCCUGAGAAUUCAUCUGCUGGAGCUGGAGAAGGUGAAUGAAUUGUGCAAGGACUUUUGUAACCGUUAUAUCACCUGCCUCAAAACAAAGAUGCACAGCGAUAACCUACUCAGGAAUGAUCUUGGGGGGCCCUACUCCCCAAACCAGCCCUCCAUAAACCUACACCCACAGGAUUUGCUGCAGAAUUCUCCAAACUCAAUGACUGCAGUGGCCAACAACCCCCAGGGAAUUGUGGUACCGGCAUCAGCGCUGCAGCAGGGGAACAUCUCCAUGACAACCGUCAAUUCACAAGUUGUGUCAGGCGGAGCCCUCUACCAGCCGGUAACGAUGGUAACGUCUCAGGGCCAGAUGGUAACCCAAGCAAUCCCGCAAGGAGCCAUACAGAUCCAAAACACACAGGUUAACCUGGAUCUCACCUCCCUCCUAGACAGUGAAGAUAAAAAGUCAAAGAACAAACGGGGAGUCCUACCAAAGCACGCUACCAAUAUAAUGCGUUCCUGGCUCUUCCAGCAUCUCAUGCACCCCUACCCUACAGAGGAUGAGAAAAGGCAGAUAGCAGCACAGACAAACCUGACACUUUUGCAAGUGAAUAACUGGUUUAUCAAUGCCCGACGGCGCAUUCUUCAGCCCAUGCUAGAUGCAAGCAAUCCUGAUCCAGCCCCCAAAGCCAAGAAGAUCAAAUCCCAGCACCGUCCUACUCAACGAUUCUGGCCCAACUCGAUUGCAGCCGGAGUGCUACAGCAACAAGGAGGCAAUCCCGGUACCAAUCCUGACGGCUCCAUAAUCAUGGACAACCUGCAGUCCCUGUCUUCCGACACUGCUACCAUUGCUAUGCAGCAAGCCAUGAUGGCAGCUCACGACGACUCACUCGAUGGAACAGAAGAUGAGGAGGAGGAUGAUAUGGAGGAGGAGGAGGAGGAAGAAGAAGAACUGGAGGAGGAUAAUGAGGAACUCCAGACAACGAACGUCAGUGACCUUGGGUUGGAGCACAGUGACUCCCUGGAGUAGCACAGAAUUGAAGGGUCCCUGAUUUAGGGUAGAGUAGAUGUCUCCGGGAAAGAUGUGUGCCUACCUAAAUCAGCAGCCUCAGGCAUUUUAGAGGAAUUUGACAUACAAGCCCCUCACAUCGCUUUAAAAAUUAUGUCUGACAAAACCAAGUAAUGAUACCCUUGCAAAGAGUCCUGCUUGCCUGCAAUACAUGCAGGUGUGGACAGGUGCGAGUGCACAUUAAGAGACCAGGAGAAUGUGCAGGGUUAUUAUUUAAAUGAAGGACACAUGUUUACAAGGCACAUAUUGUGGCCAGUUUUUUCUUUUGUUGUUGUUGUUGUUUUUGAUAAGAACAAAAAGUGUUUUUAGGGUAAGCUGUUUUCUGUAUGACUGAGUUGUUGAUGGAUGUUAUCAUGCAAUGCCUUUUUUGACAUGCAGGUGAGAGGCAGGUCUGUUUUCAUUUUCACUGCUUUUAUGAAAGAUUUAUAAAUGCAAAAGGAUUGAUGCUUUUUUAA